AUGAGAGACGCAGUGAAGCAGCAGAAGAGACUGCAGUGCUCCGGCCUGCCAUCAGCAGAACUACACCAGAACCAGAGCGGCUCACUGAGCACACCGCUGCCGGCCCACAGACAAGCGCUCGUGAUUCCUCUGGUGGACGGUGACGAAGGGAAGGUGAUCGCUCUGAUUCUGCUCUGCUGUAAACCACUGACAGAACAAGAUGAACAAAACCUCACCAUCCUGGAGAAACAUCUCACUGUGGCCUGUAAGCGAGUCAGAGACAUUCAGAGAUGCUCCAAACGGCCACACACUCAAUCCCACAAUGCACCAGUGGAGCCCAAAGCCAACGCACAGGCAGAUGACUACAGAGAGCUCGACCGCAAGAUCCUACGGCUGUGUGGUGAGCUGUAUGAUCUGGACGCCGCCUCCCUGCAGCUCAAAGUCAUCAACUAUCUGCAGACAGAGACUCAGUCGCAGUGCUGCUGUUUACUGCUGGUCUCUGAAGACAACCACCAGCUCUUCUGUCAGGUUGUUGGAGAUAAAGUUUUGGAAGAGGAAAUCAGUUUUCCGCUUAUGUUCGGUCGGUUCGGGCAGGUGGUGGAGACAAAGACAUCCAUUAGACUACAGGACGUCAGCCAGGAGGAGCGCGGGUUACUGAGCAGUUUGUUGGGGUUCGAGCCGAACUCGAUGCUCUGUGUUCCUGUCACCAGUCAAGCCACUGGACAGGUGGUGGCGCUAGCGUGUACCUUCAACAAACUGCGCGGACAGAGGUACAUGGAGGCGGAUGAGCAUGUGAUCCAGCACUGCUUCUGUUACACAUCCACGGUCCUCACCAGCACACUGGCCUUCCAGAAGGAGCAGAAGCUCAAGUUUGAGUGUCAGGCUCUGCUGCAAGUGGCUAAGAACCUCUUCACACACCUCGAUGACGUGUCUGUGUUACUGCAGGAGAUCAUCAUCGAGGCCCGAAACCUGAGCAACGCUGAGAUUUGUUCUGUGUUCCUGCUGGAUCACUUCAGUCAUGAGCUCGUGGCCAAAGUGUUCGAUGGAGGCGUCGUGAACGAUGACGAGAAGGAGUUUCGUAUCCCGGCGGAUCAGGGCAUCGCUGGUCACGUGGCCACCACUGGGAAAAUCCUCAACAUCAAGGAUGCGUAUUCCCAUCCUCUGUUUUACCGCGGUGUGGACGACAGCACGGGCUUCAGGACCAGAAACAUCCUCUGCUUCCCCAUCAAAGAUGAGAACGAAGAGGUGAUCGGUGUGGCAGAACUGGUGAAUAAAACCAACGGCCCGUGGUUCAAUCGUUUCGAUGAGGAUCUGGCAACCGCCUUCUCCAUCUACUGCGGCAUCAGCAUUGCUCAUGUAAGACUUUCUACAUCUGUGUUCUCUCAUAAUACAUUUAUGCAUCAGUUUAUUAUACAAUAUCUGUAUACGGUCACAGUAGACAUGAGUUUUAUGCAAAAACAUUGUGUAUUCAUCUCGUACUGUGACUCUGAAAUACAUGAAUGGUGCACACUGACUUUGUGAAAAGCCCUGUCUGGAUUGAACCAGGAUCACGAAACCCAAACACUGACAGUUAAAGUCUAUUUCUGAUGUUAUUGUUGUUUGUACUGUCAUGUUGCAGUAUUUUACUUGCUGAUAAUUUUUUUCGUAGCAUCACCUGGGGAGAUGUUUUUUUUUUUUAUCCCAACCAUGGAUAAAAAUAAUUCAGCAGAGGAAGGAUAUAUAGACCAUAAGGGGAAACACU